CCCUUGAUAUAAGUCCAAGUCAAAAUCCGAAAUUGGGGUGUCAAAUUUUUCAAUUUUGAAACGCGGUCAGGAAAAAUGGAAGACGGCAACCCCAACCCCAAUAACGCCAUAAUCUCCCGGGAGACGAUUGACUCGGUCGCCGGCUGGGUCAGCGCCACCGUCUCCUCCGCCUUCUUCUCCUCCCUCGAGCGCUUCUCCUGCGUCAACGUCGCCACCACGGACGCCGACGAGGACGACGAUGACGACGAGGCCGCCCACCGCCCUCUCGCUCUCACCGAUCUCACCCACCCCGAUCAACAGCACCACCACGCAAACGACGUCGCUCAGCUCCCCGUCUGAUUCGGUUAGAUCUCGGCUUUUUGUUCGUUGUCUGUAACUGGAUUUGCCAAAAACAGGUUCCGGUUGUGAACGUGGAAUUGUAUAUGAAAUUAUGAAUUGUUGAAUUAUCAAGUUUAACUGGUUCUUGAUUCGUUGAAAUUAUGAUCUUCUGUUUUGGUUUAAUCAGUAAUUUAACCGAGUAGUGAAUCUGUGAUUAGAUUGGAUUUAUGAUGUUAUCUCUGCUCCCAAUGGUGUUACAUUGGAGUUGAUUUG